AUGGCCUCUAACGGCGCCCCCAUGAACGGGGACGCGCACCACGUUGAGCAGAAGGGCCAUCACGAACUCCUUGGCCAGUUCAAGAAAGACGAGACCAAGGGUGCCACUGUGCACAAAUUUGAUCCCGAUGCUUCGCCUCAAGAAAAGGCAGCAGCCGCUGGCAAAGCGCGCGACCAACUUCAGCCUACCGCUGCAAGCCAAGAAGGCAACUCUGGGGGCGGCAAAGCCAUUGAUAUCGACACAGGACACUCGGGCGUUAUUCCCACUAUCACUAUCGAGGAUGCCGACAAGGCAACGCAAGAAGAACUGGACAAGACAGCUGGCCAGCCAGCUGCAGCUGCUCCCCAGAAUGUUCCAGGCUCAUUCCCCAACCAGCAGGCACCAACCAUUCCAGAUUGGUACAAAGUUGGAUGGAGAGCCCUGUCCAACAUCGACGCCGCUCCCUUGCAGGAGGGAGAGGAGAAGGACAAACAUGUCCUACAGAUGUUCUUGACCGAACAGUACUAUGGGGCAUGGUACCAUAAUGCUGCGAUCAUCGUGUUUGCUGUCUUCGCUUCUCAUUUUCUCACUCGUUUCAACUUCGGCUGGGGAUGGCUCUUCAUCAUCCUCGCCGUGUGUAAUACUUACUACACGACGUCGAUGACGCGUGUGCGUCGCAAUGCUCGGGAUGACAUUCAGCGCGAACUCGUCAAGACGCGUCUCGCGUCCGAGCACGAAAGCGCGGACUGGAUCAACAACUUCCUCGAUCGCUUCUGGCUUAUUUAUGAGCCUGUUCUGUCUGCAACGGUCGUUUCUUCCGUGGAUCAGAUUCUCAGCACCAGCUGCCCUCCGUUCCUAGAUUCGCUGCGUCUGAGCACCUUCACACUUGGCACCAAAGCACCUCGAAUUGAGAAAGUUCGCACGUUCCCCAACACGGAGGAUGACGUCGUAAUGAUGGACUGGGGCAUCUCCUUCGCCCCCAACGACGUUUCUGACAUGACUCCUCGUCAAGCAGCUGGCAAAGUGAACCCCAAGAUCGUACUUUCUGUCCGCGUUGGCAAGGGUGUGGCAUCAGCGGCUAUGCCCAUCUUGAUUGAAGACAUCAGUUUCAGUGGCCUUAUGAGGAUCCGGAUGAAGCUCAUGACCAACUUUCCUCACGUUCAAAUUGUCGACUUGAGUUUCUUGGAGAAACCUGUGUUCGACUACGUUCUGAAGCCGGUUGGAGGUGACACGUUCGGUUUCGAUGUCGGGCAUAUGCCAGGUCUCUCUGCGUUCAUCAGAGACCAAGUUCAUGCUAACCUCGGACCGAUGAUGUACGACCCGAACAAGUUCACGCUUAAUCUCGAGCAGCUUCUCUCCGGUACGCCUCUCGACGCGGCAAUUGGUGUUCUCCAGGUUACUGUUGAGGCUGCACGUGGACUGAAGGGUAGCAAGAUGGGUGGAGGUACACCCGAUCCCUUCGUGUCACUGAGCAUCAACAACCGCUCAGAGCUGGCUAGGACCAAGUAUAAGCACAACACCUACAACCCGACCUGGAUGGAAACGAAGUUUAUUCUCAUCAACUCGUUGCAGGAGUCGCUCGUUCUUGACGUUUUCGACUAUAAUUCAAAGCGCUCGAACACGACGCUGGGUGCUGCCACAUUUGACAUGCAGAAACUGCAAGAGGAUGCUAAAAUUGACGGCAUUGAGCUCCCCAUCCUAAAGGAUGGCAAGGACAAGGGUUCUGUCCGUUUCAACCUUUCGUUCUUCCCUGUUCUCAAGCCUGAGCAUGUCGACGGAACAGACGUCUUGCCCGAGACUAAGACCGGCAUUGUUCGACUUACCAUUCACCAGGCCAAGGACCUUGAUCACACAAAGUCGCUGUCUGGCGAGCUCAACCCCUUCGCGAAGGUCUACCUUGGUAACAGCACUACCGCGACCCACAGCACGGCCCUCAUCAAACACACGAACAACCCUGUCUGGGAGUCAGCGACUGAGUUCCUCUGUGCUGACAAAACAUCAUCAAUUAUUACCAUCAAGGUCACCGAUGACCGCGAUUUCCUCAAAGAUCCUGUAGUCGGCCACAUGUCUGUCCAACUCGGCUCCUUGUUGGAGGCCGAGACUUCUGCGGGCCGCGAUUGGUGGCCGCUCAGUGGCUGCAAGAGUGGCAAACUGAGAAUUACAACUGAGUGGAAGCCGCUGCAGAUGGCCGGUGCUCUCCAGGGAGCUGACCAGUAUGUUCCACCUAUCGGUGUUGUUCGUUUGUGGUUGAAGAACGCCACCGACGUCAAGAAUGUUGAGGCUGCUCUCGGUGGCAAGAGCGACCCCUACGUUCGUGUUCAGGUUAACAAUAUCACCCUCGGUCGGACCGAGGUCAUCAACAAUAACCUCGACCCCGUAUGGGACCAGAUUAUUUAUGUUCCUGUGCAUUCACUACGGGAGUCUUUACAACUGGAAGUCAUGGACUAUCAACAUCUCACCAAGGAUCGUUCUUUGGGCUCGGUUGAGCUCAAUGUUGGCGAACUAGCUCGCCCGUCCGCGGAUGGCUCGGACUAUAAACAUGAGUCGACUGGCAAGAAAGAGGCUUCCGAUCCCAUCAAGCUCGAUGGAAGUCACAGCAACCAGUACAAGGGGCAACUUCACUACGUUGCCGAAUUCGUCCCUGCUUUGGCACUGAAGGGCGUCGAGUUUGCGAAAGAUCAAAACGAGAUUCAACGCGCGGCUCAAAACGGCGGAGAGGAGGGUGAUUACCCGUCAUCGCCGUCGACGACCUCCUUCUCCUCGCGUGAUGGGGAGGAAGUACGGCAUGUGACGGUCAGCGGGCCGAUGACCGAAGAAGGUUUCACCCAGCCUCAACGGUCGAGUACCUUGGACACGACGAAAACGGACAAGUCAGGCAAGUCGGACAAGUCGGAUAAGACGGACAAAACGAACGAUACUGCUAGCAUCAUCGGCUCUGAUGACGGUCAAGAGCCCGAGGGUGUGGAGCUUAGCAAAGAAGAGCUCUUGAAACACCAAUCUGGUGUCAUUGUCUUUAACGUCGUUAGUGGCCAGCUCCACAAGAAAGCUCGCGUUGAGGUUCUCUUGGACGAUGGUUACUGGCCUUGCUUCAGCACUCCCAAGGCUCGCAGCACUCGGGUUGAAAUCCAGCACGUGGGAGAGGGCUUUAUCAAGGAACUCGACUUCGGUCAAAUUUGGCUGCGCCUGAACGAGAACGAUGAAGGGGAGAAGGAUGAUAUUAUCGCUGAGUGGAAGGGCGAGGCCAAGCCUUUCCUGGAGGCUACUCUUGAUCGCCGCACAACCUUUACUCUGAAGAAUGAAGAAGGCAACCACACGUCCACCAUUGAACUGGAGGCCCGCUAUGUACCCGUGCCUGUGACAUUGGAAGCAAGAGAGAGCAUCAAUAAUCAGGGUAUCCUGCGUGUCGAUCUCCUUGAGGGCAAAGACCUCCGCGCUGCAGAUAGAGGAGGCAAAUCCGACCCCUUCGCGGUGUUCUCGCUUAACGGCCAGCGUGUCUUUAAGUCGCAGACAAAGAAGAAGACUCUUACUCCCGAUUGGUCGGAGGACUUCACAGUCAAUGUGCCCUCUCGAGUUGCCGCCGACUUUACUGUCGAGGUGUUGGACUGGAACCAGAUUGAGCAAGCUAAGAGUCUGGGGACGGGCCGCAUCAACCUGGCCGACCUGGAACCAUUCCAAGGCACCCCUCAGGUCAUCUCUUUGGCUGAUAAGCACGGUCAGAAGGGUGAGAUCCACGUCCGACUGUUGUUCCAACCCUCGAUCAUUGCCAAGAGCCGCAAGAACACCUCGACGUUCUCCGCUGCUGGAAGAGCGAUGACUCAGAUAGGCUCGAUCCCCGUUGGUGCAGGCAAGGGUGUCGUCCAUGGGAUCGGCGGUAUCUUCUCGCGCGAUUUUGCCAAAAACAAUCACUCAGGUAAACUUUCCGACAAGAAUGAUGAUCCUCCUGCACCACCUGCACCUUCGGGUCAGGCUUCCCAGCCUGUUGGUGGUUCCACAUUGGGCGCAGGAGGCGCUGUCUUGUCUUCUGCGAGCGGUACCCCUGCGAAUGGUAACGGGGCUGCCAAUGGCCCACCACAGCAGCCUGGAACUCUCCGCGUCACUGUUCUCGACGCCAAGGACUUGUCAACUGACGACGUUAAGCCUUACGCUAUUGUUCGCGUAGGCGACAAGGAGCACAAGACUAAACAUUCGCAGAAGACUACUACACCCGAAUGGAACGAAUCCUUUGUGUUCGACGCAGGCGCUUCCACUCCCAAGGUCGAGGUGCACGUUUUCGACCAUAAAACCUUGGGCAAGGACAAGUUGCUUGGUCAGGGCGAAAUUGAUAUCUGGCGUCAUAUUCAACCUGGAUCAGUCAACUCUAGAGAAGUAUUCGCUGAACUUCGAGACCACGGUCACAUGCGUGUGCGUCUGGAAUUUGAUGCCGAUCCGUACAGUGCUAUGCGCAACAAUUCGGUCCCAUCCAUCGAGAGAACGCUGUCCAACCAGGGCACACCCUCGCGCUUCAGCAUGCACAGGAAACGCACUACUGGUGGUUCGGACGACUAG